UAUAUAUGUGUGUGUGUGUUUUCAUUUGGGGAAUCUCCAACAAUUCUAUUCCAUUAACGCACAGCCAUCACCACCACCUACUGAGCUUAUUUAUGCUUCAAAAGUACAGAGAGAUAGAGAGAUAAUUACCUGAAACUUUCAACAUCUUGUUCCCCAUCUUUCUCAUCUCUCAAGAAACAAGUGGAAACCAAACCAUCAUGCCACACUCUCCCUGGGACUUGCCAUUGCUUUCUGAUUUCAAUCACUACUCCAACCUUCACUGCUUUCUUCAAUCUGUAACUCCCAUUGUUUCUACUAAACUUCUUCCCAAGGCUCGUUCACUAAAUGGGUUUGGGCAAUCAAGUGAGAGUAGUGGUGGGAACGAUAUGGUGGGGUGUUUCUCCUUGAGUGACGUUUGGGAGUUUCAUGUUGAGAAGAGUUUCUAUGGGGCUUCUGUACCAAUACUGUUGAACAAUGGUGAAAGUGUUGUACAAUACUAUGCACCUUCCCUAUCAGCUAUCCAGAUAUAUACAACAAAACCUUGUGAAUCUAUCUCAGUGAGUGUGAGCAAUAAUAAUUCAUCAACUAGGACUUCACAACAUACCACACUGCUAGUUGACCAUCAUGAGGGACCAUCCAAAAUAAUGGAAAGCCUUCGUCAUCUCUACUUUCAGGUCAAUGAGACAUUAAGUCCUUAUGAUAGACUUCCGCUGACUACAAAGAUAAAUGAAUUAGCUGAGGCUCAUCCUGGCUUGACGACAUUCAACAACAUGGAUCUCUCUCCUUAUAGUUGGAUAGCCAUUGCUUGGUAUCCUAUCUAUCCGGUACCAACGACAAGAAUUGUGAAGGAAUUAUCUGCAUGUUUCCUCACUUAUCACCCAUUAUCAUUACCCCUCCAAGAUCUGCCAAGUAGCGUGCCAAAGGAGGAUGAUGAUCUUCGAUGCACUGACUCUUUGGGAAAGAAAUGUGAAGGUGGAACAUCAAGAGGAAAAGUUUCCCUUUCACCAUUUGCAAUGACGACUUAUAAAAUGUACGGAGAGCUUUGGAUGAAUCCCGAGACACCGGGUGAUCAUAAGGAGAGGAUCAUCACUUAUCAAAAUGCUGCACAUUCCUGGUUAAAGCAGCUUGGGUUCAAGCACAAUGACUUCAACUUCUGCAUCUCUCAUUCUUAAUAAUGUUCAUUAGCAGCUAGCUCUUCUUUGCCCAUUCGAAGUCACCAUUAGAGCAACUUAAACAUUGGUUAUGGCCCGGAAGUAUAAAUGGAUAGACUAAAGGUUGCGUUUGAAUUCGAGGAUUUUGUAUUAAUGGAUUUGAAGAAUUGUUAGUAUAAAUUACUUGAUAUAAAUUCAACAUAUGAUGAUUAAACUUAAGAUGUUGUACUGAAACCAAUGCAUUUGUGAUGUUAUGGAUUUGAAAUAACCUCUUACAAUUAAUCUUUUAAUU